AUGCAGAACAAUAUAUUGAAUAGCAUUCGAAGCCUGAAGCUCAUCGAUGGCUGCAAGGGAGGCAGCGGACAGGUGUACGCGCUGAACACCUCCUCCGCCGUGAACGAAAAGGGCCAUCACCAUCACCAUCACCACCACCACCACCACAACCAUCGCCGGAACCCUUCCCAGGAGGGCCACCACGUCCGCUCGGCCUCUAAUAUCCACGCCAAGCCUGCACAGGCCACUUCCGCCCGCCCCGACAGCCUCCUUCCCUACGGCCUCCCUUCCCCGGACCUGAUCGACCCCGCGAUCGACCCUUUCAUUCGUCCCGUCGAUCCAAUCUCCGCCCUCGCAUCUUCCUUCCGCUGCUACGCCACCACUGCGCCCCAAGACCAAUGUGCUCUCCACCUCGAGCAGCGGUCCCUACUCCGGUCGCUCAAUGAUCCGAAGCUCCUCCGCCGCUCCAUCCGCUCCGCCCGCCUCCACGCCGCCGACGUCCACCAUAAGAUUGUCCUCUCCGCGUGGCUCCGAUAUGAACGACGCGAAGACGAGCUUGAUGCAUCCCCAUCGUGUUCUGACUCCCCAUCGACCUCCUCCUGCGGUCCCGCCCUGGAAUGCCCAUUGUCUACCCUCAUCCCGGGGUAUGAUCCCGACUUCUCGUCCCGCCCUUGUCCAUGCCGCCGCUCCCCCGAUCCUUUAAAAGAGUGCUCUACCUCCCGGUCGAGGGCCACGUCCUUCGUUGAAGAAAAGCAGCAGCAGGACAGGGUAGCUGUGGAAGAAGAAGAAGUAGAAGGAGAAGAAGAAGGUGACGUGGUAUUCUGUAUAGGCGAUGAAGAGGUCGUUUGUUUUCGUUACCAGAUCGCUGCGCUGUCUAAACCUUUCAGUGCGAUGUUGUAUGGAGGAUUCAUGGAAUCGCGGAGAGAGAAGAUCAAUUUCACCAACAACGAGAUCUCCGCUGAUGGGAUGAGGGCCGUUGGUGUCUUCACCCGCACGGGCUCCCUGGACGACUUCCCACCGGGCAUCAUCCUCGAACUUCUUUCCUUCGCAAACAAGUUCUGCUGCGAGGGUCUGAAGUUCGCUUGCGAUGGCCGCCUGUCGUCGCUGGUAGGAACCUUAGAGGACGCGCUUCUGCUUGCGGAGUACGGGCUGGAGGAGACGGCUCACAUGCUGGUGGCCUCUUGCCUGCAAGUCUUCCUCAGACAGCUUCCGAGUUCCCUGCACAAUCCCAAGGUUGCCCGGAUUCUCUGCAGUGGAGAAUCCAGACACAGGCUGGCCGCAUCUGGACACGAGUCUUUUGCCCUGUACUACUUCCUCAGCCAGGUGGCAAUGGAGGAGGACAUGAGAUCGAACACCACUGUCAUGCUCCUGGAGAGGCUUGGCGAAUCUGCGGUUUCUGAUUGGCAGAAGCAGCUGGCAUUUCAUCAGUUGGGUUGUGUGAUGCUGGAGAGAGGUGAAUACGAGGAUGCCCAGAGUUGGUUUGAAGAGGCGGCCAAGGUGGGACAUGUAUACUCUCUUGCAGGCGUGGCCCGGGCUAAGUACAGGCGGGGAAAUAGGUACUCAGCCUUCAAGCAACUCAACAGCCUCGCUUUAGAGAAUGAUCAUGUGGGAUGGAUGCAUCAGGAGCGGUCUUUGUACUGUAGCAGCAUGGAGGAGAAGAUGCGGGACUUGAAUGAUGCCACCAGGCUUGAUCCAACUCUUGUGUACCCUUACAAGUACCGAGCCAUCAUCAUGAUGGAGGACGAUAAAAUUGGUGCUGCUACCGCAGAGAUUAACAAGAUUCUGGGUUUCAAGGUCUCUACCGACUGUCUCGAGCUCCGAGCUUGGUUCUCCAUCCUUUUAGAAGACUAUAAUGGGGCACUUCGGGAUAUGAGGGCACUAAUGACUCUGGAUCCUAAUUAUAUGAUGUUCCAUGGGAAUGUUAAUGGGGAUCAGCUAGUUGAGCUCCUUCAGCAGCGCGUGCAGCAAUGGAGUCUGGCGGACUGCUGGAUGCAGUUAUAUGAUAGAUGGUCUUCUGUGGAUGAUAUUGGUUCUCUUGCUGUGGUACAUCAGAUGUUAGAGAAGGAUCCCGGCAAAAGCAUCCUGUGGUUUCGCCAAUCUCUCCUUCUGUUGAGGUGAGUUUUCUGUUCAUCACUUUUCUUCUGAUUAAACUUAUUUAAAAGCUGCAGAGAUUGCUCUCCUUCCUUUACAUGUGCUACAAAAAUUGGCUCACUCGGCUGCCGAUGACUGUUAUUCAUUUGCUGCCUACUGAAAUUCAUACUGCAAUUUUAUAAUGGCUUUCCCCAAGAUUUGGAAAUUCUUUGUGAACCCAUUUUUUUGGUAGGUAUAAACCAUCAAUGUGCUGCAAUCUUUUAGGUCUGUCUAAAUUUCAAUGGGGGUGCUUUUAAAAGUACCGUGAGCCCAAUUAAUUUGGUCAAAAAGAUAAAUUCUUGGUAACAGUUUUACUGGGUGGCAGAAUCCGCAGACUGGAGAUAAUGUGAGACCAAAGAAAGACAUCAUAGGCAGGCUUUCUAUUGCUAAGUCUAAUGUUCUCUUUGGGGACCAUCAGCCUAAAAACUGUUGAAAUCACAUGCAAAAAAAAUUGAUUUUCCUCACCCUUACCAUAGUCAGAGGCUUUGUUCUACCUGACCACUGCCUUUUUCUUUAAAAAAGAUUAAAAUCUACCGGGAAGGAAUAUGAUCAGAGAUGAGAGUUAUUAUAAUUCUGAUGUUUGAUGGAAGCCUUGGUAAACAUGUAGGCUCGCAGAGAAUGUUUUACAUCAUCCGAAGUAAAUAAAAUAGCGAACUUGUGGGAUGGAAUCCGUCUCUCUGAUGCUGGGGUUGGAUGGCGAUGAUGAGGCUGGGCAGACGAUGCAUCUGGAUCAAAGAUAAGUAAAGGGUAAUUAAAUCUUCUGAUUGGAAAGGGGUAGAGAGUUCUUGGUUUGAAGUCACAUGGAUUGCUGAUUUGGGGUAUGAUGAGUAGAUUUUUUUGUUGAUUCAGCCAUAUCAUACUAAUUACCUGUUUAUGAUUAAAAUAAAAUGCUGUCAAUUGUAUGUUUUCACAGUCAAAGAAAAAUGGGCGAUUUGAUAUUGCUGCCCCGUAUGCUUAGAGUGAGGGAAGAUCCACUCCUCGCUUGAUCUUUCUGCUCAGAGAGAGCGAAGCCGAUCUAAUUGCAGCAACUGGAUCUUUGCAACUAAGAUCUUGUGGGUUUUUGGGAAUGCCGGAUUGGAGACAUUGGUUUAGUUCUUGAUCAGAACCCAGGCAGGUUUUGAAAGCCUAGAUAGAUCUAUAAUCAGCAAGACGAACAGAGCUUUAUCUGUCCAAACAAGAAGGAAAGAAGAUGUUCAUUUCUUUCCUUUUUUUUUCAUUUUUCGACGAGGAGAAUUUUUUUUUCUAUUUUUUUACUCUGUCAUAGGUCAACCCAUCGUGUCUGUCCCUCCCCUCCGUCAUCUCUGAUGCGUCAUGGUGGAUCUUUAUCUACCCAUAUGAAGUUCGAUCUUCUUGUUCGCGAUUAAUCCACUGUCUUUCAGCUGUUGGAUUUUGAGCGGUCUAGUCGGUUCUUACGCGUGUGCAGGUUGAAUUGCCAGAAGGCAGCCAUGCGCAGUCUCCGUCUGGCCCGAAACCACUCGGCUCACGAGCACGAGAGGCUGGUCUACGAAGGGUGGAUCCUCUACGACACCGGCUACCGUGAAGAAGCGUUAACCAAGGCGGAGGAGUCCAUCUCCAUUCAGAGAUCCUUCGAAGCCUACUUCCUCAAGGCGUACGCUCUGGCCGACAUGAGCCUCGAUGAGUCGUCUUCUUCGAAGGUCGUCCUCCUCCUCGAGGAGGCCCUCAAGUGCCCCUCAGACGGUCUCCGGAAGGGCCAGGUGGCCCCCACCCUCCUGUCCCCUUUAAUGUUUGACCAAAAUGCCUCUGAGACAACCUCGGGUUGACUGGGGUCUGCUUUCCUCUCCUCUCCUGCAGGCGUUGAAUAACCUCGGCAGCGUCUACGUCGACUGGGACAAGCUGGACCUGGCGGCGGACUGCUACGUCAACGCUCUGAACAUACGGCACACGCGGGCCCACCAGGGGCUCGCGCGGGUCUACUACCUGAAGAAUCAGAGGAAGGCGGCGUACGACGAGAUGACCAAGCUGAUCGAGAAGGCCCGCAACAACGCCUCCGCCUACGAGAAGCGUUCCGAGUACUGCGACCGCGACAUGGCGAAGAGCGAUCUCUGCCGGGCCACCGAGCUUGACCCUCUCAGAACCUACCCUUAUCGAUACAGAGCUGCAGGUUCGUAUACUACUCAAAUUCAGAGAGAGAGAGAGAGAGAGAGAGGAAUUCUUUUGGGUUGACUUUAACGAGUGAGCUUUCUCUCUCUCUCUCUCUCUGCGCGACUGUGUACAGUGCUCAUGGAUGACCACAGAGAAAAGGAAGCAAUCGCGGAGCUGUCGAGGGCGAUAGCUUUCAAGCCGGAUCUCCAGCUGCUCCACCUGCGCGCGGCGUUCUACGAGUCGGUGGGUGACGUGGCGGCCACCGUGCGGGACUGCGAGGCGGCGCUCUGCCUCGAUCCCGGCCACGGAGAAACGGUCAAACUCUACCACAGGGCCUGUGGGAAGGUCAACCAGGAGACGAGCUGA